CAAAGCAGCAUCUUCCCACCGACACAAGCUGAACAUCCCGGAUCAUCCGAAACACCGAUUGGGGAAGCACACUCCCGUGUUGUUUGAAUCUUUUUUGGGGGUGUGGGAUUUUGUUUCUCGCCGGGUUGUGGACAGUGGAUACGGUGCCAUGUCAAAGUACACUGAAUUAUUUAUAGGCGUGCGUGUCUUGUUGUGUGACAGCUCUGCCCUAAAAGAAUUUUACUAGACGCCUCUUCCAGCAGUGACUGGCAAGCGACGCUCUUCUCCUCGGCCGAUGCAUCCCAGUGAAGAGCGCCGGGACAGCAACCGACCUGGCUCCGCUCUCCUCGUCUGAGCCGACCUGCUGCUCCCUGCGUUGAGAUCUGCAUUUUUGGCCAAAUUGUGCGUUUUGCUCCGGAUGCAACAAGGGACUGAUUUAUUUUCUUCACCUCGUUUGCUUUUUGGCUUUUCCACACGAGAGGGAGAGGACGCCGCUUCCAUCCAUUCGUGUGUGUUUUGUAUUUUUUCUUCUUCAUCUUCGCUUUGGACGCUCGAGCCUUUUUUACGCAUGCAGGGAGAAAUCUGUGGUGACACCUGAUCGACUGGCUCCUCCGCGCUCAUUGACCCGGGGAGCUCCAGGCGAACCAGGGAGGGAGGAAGCAGAUACCCGGUCAAUGCUCGGCCUGCGCUGUUGAUUUGGUUUUGUGUCUGUGCGCUUCAUCUGCGGGGUUGUAGCCCAGACCAGCCAAAGCCAUGGUCCACUGCGCCGGCUGCGAGAGGCCUAUCCUGGACCGCUUUCUGCUCAACGUGCUGGACAGAGCCUGGCACGUCAAAUGCGUGCAGUGCUGCGAGUGCAAAUGUAAUUUAACUGAGAAAUGCUUUUCACGAGAGGGGAGACUGUACUGCAAGAAUGAUUUCUUUAGGCGGUUUGGCACCAAGUGCAGCGGUUGCUCGCAGGGCAUCUCUCCGAACGACCUGGUCCGGAGGGCCCGGAGCAAAGUUUUUCACCUCAACUGCUUCACCUGCAUGAUGUGCAAUAAGCAGCUCUCCACCGGCGAGGAGCUCUACAUCAUAGACGAGAACAAAUUCGUUUGCAAAGAAGACUAUAUAAGUAACAGCAAUGGAAAGGACGCCAGCCUCCUCUCAGUAACGGCAUGCAGCGACCCGAGUUUAUCACCGGACUCUCAAGACCAGCUACAGGACGACGUGGUGCUAAAGGACACGGAGAUCGCGGCGCUGUCCGACAAGGAGACGGUGAACAACGAGAACGACGACCAGAACCUCGGCGGCAAGCGGCGCGGCCCGCGGACCACCAUCAAGGCCAAGCAGCUGGAGACGCUGAAGGCGGCGUUCGCGGCCACCCCCAAACCCACCCGACACAUCAGGGAGCAGCUGGCCCAGGAGACCGGCCUCAACAUGAGGGUCAUCCAGGUCUGGUUCCAGAACCGACGGUCCAAAGAAAGACGCAUGAAGCAGCUGAGCGCGCUGGGCGCCAGGAGGCACGCGUUCUUCCGCAGCCCGAGGCGGAUGAGGACGCUGGUGGACCGGCUGGAGCCCGGGGAGCUCAUCCCCAACGGGCCCUUCUCCUACUAUGGAGAUUAUCAAAGCGAGUACUACGGCCCAGGAGGGAAUUAUGACUUCUUUCCACAGGGGCCUCCGUCGUCGCAGGCCCAGACCCCGGUCGAUCUCCCCUUCGUGCCCUCCUCAGGCCCCACGGGCACCCCCCUCGGAGGUAUGGACCACCCUCUGCCGGGCCACCACCCCUCCAGCGAGGUGCAGCGCUUCUCCGACAUCAUGUCCCACCACCCAGGGGACUCUCCGAGCCCCGAGCCCGGAAUCCCGGGGGCCCUGCACGGCCUCUCCUCUGAGGUGUUCGGCCCCAGUCCACCCUUUACCUCACUGUCGCUGAACGGCAGCGGAUACAGCAACCACCUGUCCCACCCGCCCUCGGAAAUGAACGAGGGCACUGUGUGGUAGCUUUUUCAGAGAGCAGACUUUACUGGCGAGAGAUUCGGUAAUGGAGGGUGUUGAUGGGGGGCUGGAAUCGAGAACAGGGAAUUGGAUAUCAACAGGGUUAGGGCAACACCAUUGAAUCUUGCUUUUUUUUUUAGGGGAGGGGGGGCAGUUUUCAUAUUUAUUUAUUUAUCUCCCCUCACGAUUUGUUGGUCUUAUUUGUGGGGAAAGCUUAUCUGGCAUUUAAAUCAUGCUCAAGAACAUUGUCUUCAGUGUUGUGUUUGGGUGUUUCAGUUGCUUCUUUUGCCCACCUCCCUGCAUCCAAAACUGGACUUACAAAAAAGUAAUAAUAUAAAAAGCCGAACAAAAAACAAUUACAAAAAAAUGUGCGAGACUGCUGAACAGCCCCCGAUUCUGCCCUCUGUCCUCGGACCCGUGGGGCACCCUGUCACCCCUCCUGAUGCUGUCAGUGGCCCAGCAAAACGACCAAACCCCCGCAACCCUCAAAGGUGGGGUAGAAAACAACCCUUUUCGAAAUCUCCUGGUAUGUUCUGAACACGAAAACAUCAUUAGCUACUGUCAAAGACUUCAAUAGCUUUACAGAGAGACAGAAUGAAGGGGCUGAGGAUUGGUUGUGUGCUGACCUGGCACUGUAGGAAGGCUGAGCAGCAUUCAGACUAUGUUCGAGGCACUAGACACAUCCCUUGUAUUUAUUCAGAAGCUCCUCAGACCUCUUUGCCUCUCAAGGCUCUGCCAUAUUGACACUCAACCUUUUUGAGACUAUGUUUCUGAAGGCCAGAGGAAAUGACAUUUUUUCUUCUUUUCCCCUGUGUGGACUAUUUGUUUUCUCCUUUUUUUUUCUUGAUUUCACAAUUUCCACCAAAUCUGAAGAAGGCCGCCUUCAAAAGGCAAACAGUAAAACCCUCUCUGGAUUGCAAACCCUUUAUUUAAAAUGGAAGCGAACUUGAAAUGUUGAAAUGAAGUCUACCUUCUAAAAAUCUUCUACUGGGGUUCUAAAUGUGGGACUUAGAACAGUCAACUGUUUACGUAACCUAUUUAAUUCAGGAGUCCAGAAGUCUCGAAAACCAUGUUUUAGAACCUCUUGAUCCAUAUAAAAAUGUUCCAAGCAACCAACCAAACUUUUGUAUUGAUUUCAUUUAUAUUGUAUGGAGAUAAAAACACAUUUGCUGGGGUUGUGGUUCACUGUGCUAGUUUGUACAAGAUGUUGUUUACAAAAACGGUUCAAAAAGAAUAAAAAACAUAAGUAAAGUAGACAUUUGCCAAAUAAUAAAAAAAAAAUUGCACAAACACUGUUAAAGUGCUUUGCACCAUUAUCUGCAGAAUGUGUUGAGACAAAAUGUAAGUGUUAAAAGGAGUAAUUGACUUCUUAAUUUUUUAGUCUUCUGACGAUACAUUCAUAAAAUUGUUAAUACAACAUACUUAGACAGGUUUUAUUUUUGUGUCUUCAAAGGAGAAAAACUAUUAAAAAUUGAUGGUCAAAUAUGCAGCUAGUAGCUGCUACAUCUCUUUGAAUAUCGAGCCCUCAUGAUAUGUCUUUUAAUGUUCCAAUAAACCUAAGCUUAUGUGACCUCCAGUGCAUAUUAGACCAUUCACUGUAUAAAUACAACAU